GCAGGAGCGCCUCGUACGCAUGCGCCGAAAAGGCCAAAGAGCGCCUCCUGUGUCGCUCUCUAGCCAUCCGCUUCUGAGGAAAACGAGGGAAAGUCUCGAGGAGGGAAUGGCGGAACGAGGGAAGGACGAUGUGGAGCCGCUCCCCCGCGGGGGCUUCCGCUGCCGCCUCUGCCGCGUUGCAGUCGCCAACAAACCCAGCCUAGAAGACCAUUUACGUGGGAAAAAACACCAGCGCUUGGAAAACCUCCGCACUGUCCGCCAGAGCCAAGAGCUCCGUAGUGUUUUUGUCAGCGGCUUCCAGAAGGGGACACCAGCCUCGGAGCUCAGCGAUUAUUUCCAGACUUACGGGGAAGUAGUCAAUGUUGUGAUGGACAAGGAAAAGGGGGUCUAUGCCAUUGUUGAGCUGCAAAACGAAGAGAUGCUGAAGAAGGUUUUGUCAGAACCGCAGCAUAACCUGGGAGGCCAAAAGCUGCGCGUCAAGCCUCGAGAGAAGAAGGAUUUCAAAUACAACCCUCCCAGGAAGCAGGGCUCAGCCAGGCAGGAGCAGCUGAACCCGGAAAAGGUGGCACAAAAGUUGUGCGAGGCUGAUGACGUGGAUGCACAGAUGUCCGUGUUAGUGCAACUCUUUGAAUUUUCUGAGAGUGAGAGGCAUUUGCGGGACCUGUUGGUCACACUCUUUCAAGAAGUUUUCCAAGAAUUUUUUCCUGGUUCUGUGAUGAUCCCUUUUGGCUCCUCAGUGAAUGGCUUUGAUGUCUCUGGAUGUGAUUUAGAUUUGUUCUUGGACCUUGAGAAGGCAAAACACUUCCAGGCGUCUGCCAAUGGUUCCAGUGUUCCACAGGAUGGAGCCAGUCCCAAGCUAGCUCUACAUUCAGAGGAUUCAAUCCUCAGUGAUGUGGACCUGGCUUCGGCGACGGUGCCUGAAGUGCUAGAACUGGUUGCCGCUGUGCUGCAGAAGUGUGUCCCAGGAGUCCACAAUGUCCAAGCUGUGCUGACUGCUCGCCGUCCUGUGGUCAAGUUCUGCCACAAAGAGUCCAGCUUGCGUGGAGACAUCUCUAUAAACAACAGGUUGGCAGUCUGCAACACACGCUUCCUGCAGCUUUACACUGAGGCGGAUGAGAGGGUGAGGCCUUUAGUCUACACGGUGCGCUACUGGGCAAAACAGCAGAGUCUAGCAGGGAACCCUUUUGGUGGAGGCCCCCUCCUGACUAACUAUGCUCUGACACUGCUGAUCCUUUACUUCCUGCAGACGUGCAGUCCGCCAGUCCUGCCCACCGUUGUCCACCUGAGGGAACAGUCAGGUGACACAGAGCAGGCCAUAGUAGAUGGCUGGGACUGCAGCUUCCCCAAGGAUUCGGCCCAGUGCGAUCCAAGCAAAAACAAGGAGAGCCUUUGCUCCCUCUUGGCAGAAUUCUUCCAUGUCUUUGAAGACUAUGAUUUUGCCGGCGGCGUGAUAUCCCUCCGGGAGGGCCAGCUGCUUUCUUUGCCCAGCUUCCUGUCUUCUGAAGCUAGCAGCAAAUUCAAAACAGGGUCGUUCAACCUUCAGGAUCCCUUUGAGUUGAGCCACAAUGUAACAGCGAACGUCAACAAGAAGACAGCGCUGCGGUUCCAGUUGUGCUGUCGCAGCGCUGCCAAAUACUGCCGGAGUUUGCAGUACCAACGCAAGUCUACAAAGGGCAAGAUCUGGGGCCUAGUCCGCCUUUUCCAACGAGGGAAUCUGGAGGCCGAGGCUCCUACCGAUAAAGAGCUUGUUAUUAACCUUCCUUUGACAAUGUGCCAGGGUAAAGAUUCGCACCAGCUUUGGUUCCAAAAAGUGUGCGCCGGUGUCAUGUUUGUCUUUGAGGAUGUGCUGAAAUGUAGCUUCUCGGAGACGCAGCAGGGGUUAGGAGAAGAAGGGGCAUCCAUUGCAGAGCCAGAAGCAAAGAGUGAGCUGUUGUCAUCGGGGUUCAAGCGGCCCCUAGAUAAUGGGGAUGACAGUCUAUCCCCUUUGGCAAAAAGGCCACGAAACGGCCCUUGGCUCCCUUUUGAGAAAAGCGUGACAUGGAACUGCGCCGUGUGGCACCACGUGUGGCUGAGCCGGCGGCGCAUCCGGCGGCAGCUGGACCCCAUAGAAAAGACCAAUUUGCUGGAGCUGGAGGCGAAAGUGUCAGCACUCAUUUCCCAGCAGGAAGGGGAAGCAAGGCCUGCAGAGCCUCUCCUGCGCUUUGCCGUUCGUGCCCAGUUCAAUGCAGAGGACACUUCCGAUGAGCAAAACACACACAUCAGUUUGAGUUUCGCUCUGGAUCCUGAACAGGCUGUUGCUUUCAAGGAUUUCUUCCAUUUUUUGCAAAACUUUUUGCCCCAGAUGUUGGAGCAGCACCUGGCUGCCCAGAUUCCUUGAAUAAAUUGGAGAGAGGAGAACCACCCAAUAGUGCAGGUUAUGAUUAUGUAAAGCGGGCAUGAGCAAACUUUGGCUCUUCCCCCAGGUGUUUUGGAUUUCAACUCCCACCAUUCUUGGGCUGUUAGGAAUUGUGGAAGUUUGAAGUCCAAAACACCAAAAGGGAGAGCCAAAGUUUGCCCAUGCCUGUUGUAAAGAAUUACGGAUUUGUAUAGCUGCAUUGUGCUCUUACAAAGAAGAGGUAGUAAAGCAAUAUUUUUAUUUCAUUGUUUACUUCAGUUACUUCUCAUGCUUUACAUUAAAGUAUUUCUGAUAUCUACA